AUGCGCUCAGAGCGUUUGUAGCGCACAAACCAGUAAUAUAGUUUAAUAAUAUUGCUUUUUAUAAAAUAUUAUCAUCUUUUUUUUCAAUUCUUCACGAUGUACAUAAUUUUUCGUGUUAUUUUGAGUUUCUUGCACUUUGCGUACAGCUUCCAAUAUUUUGUACAACAGCAAUACACACGAUUUUUGUUGUUCAUCGAACGAUGUACACGCUCAAGCAAAGUCAAAUCUAAUUAUUCAUCGUUGAAGUUUAACGAGAAUUUAAUCAAUGUACCGAAAAUACCAAGGCAUCUAGCAUUUUUGCUAGGACACGAAGAAGUCUCAGUGUUGGAUGUUGUGAAGUUGAUCAGCUGGUGUGUCGUUGCUGAAAUACCUUUUAUCAGUUUUUACGAUCACAAAGGAAAUUUACAGAAAAAUCAAGUUUUUAUCAAAAAGAGAAUUAGUGAAAUGGAACCCAGUAUAUCGAAGAAUAUUGAAUGGCCAAGUGUUUCGGGUAAAGCUACCAAUGGUGUAAAAAAUGUUGCCAUAGCCAACAAAGAUGUUUACACAAACAACAAAAAUUCUAAAGUGGGAGAUGUUAGUGAGCACAGAACAAAAGUGUAUUUUUUAUCAUAUGCAGACUGUAAAGGGAGAAUUGUCAGUGUUACAAAAAGUUUGGCAAAAGUCAAUAAUUCAAGUAUUUUUCAAGAAGAAAGCAUCACUCCUGAGUUCCUGGACAAACAGUUAAGCAUAAGCAAUGACACACCAAAUCCUGAUCUGGCAAUAGUUUUUGGUAAAACUAUGUGCACAUAUGGCUUCCUUCCAUGGCAAACUAGAAUAACGGAAUUUUUCACGUUUCCAACCCAUCAUGACGUAUCAUCAGAUGGUUUUAUAAAAACGUUGGUAAAAUUCAGCAAAUGCCAACAACGAUAUGGAAAGUAGCUACAAAUCAAACUGUAAUUUUAAGUGAACAAAUGCUCGAAAUUUGUAUCUUCCAGUAAUUGUUUAUUUUCCACUAAUAAUGGACAAUAGUGUACAGCAAUUAUUUUUAUAAA